UUACUACUUUCCCUUUUCUCUUUUUUACUUUUUUUCCUUUUGAUUUUAUCGGGAAGUAAAGAGCAAAUUGUGCUGUUCCUUUUUGGCAUUCUUUACUCUUUAUUCUUGGAGACUAGCGACUUGUCACUGCCUCACUUUGGCUCUUCCAAAUCUGUCUCUUUCUUUUUCCAGUUCAGAACAACACCCCACCCCCACCAAAUCUCAACCCCCUUGCAGCCACUUUGUCAGUAUAUAUAUAUAUAGUUGUAUGUAUAAUUUGCUGUAUGAGAUAUUCAGAGAGAGAUUAAGAGUUGUACAUGCUGAAAGAUUCAAUCUUUACUUUGUUUUUUUGUCUUCCCAUAUUAGAGGUUCUUAGAUCCACCUUAAUCUUGGAUUCUUGUUUUUGCUGAGGCAAGAAAAGAUUCCAUUUUUUUCAAACGGUCUUUGUGUAUUCAGUCUUGGUUGCUAUUUCUGGCUAUUUGGGUGUCUUGUCAGCUAAAGAUUUGGCCUUUAUCUUUUUUCUGUCUGUGUAAUUUGUCAUCAUCUUUCUGUUUAUUGUACAAUUCUUGAACAAAUUGCUGCUUUAAGCAACAGCCAGCUUGCUGCAAGGCUGCAACCUCUAAUGCUUUGAAAGAAGUCUUUUAUUUUUGAGACGGUGAAAAAAUUUAAGUAGUUCCAACUUUGGUUUUUCUUGGAAUGUGCUCAAGAUGAUCUGUUUAUUUAGUGAAGUUAGAAGAGUGCAAAGAUUGGAUUUUGGGCAUACCCAUUUGAAAAUGUCAUGGAUUCACCAUAAGAAAGGUGAUGUCUUUGCAUAUGCCCCUUCUCUAUCUCCCACAUCUCACUCUUCAUUUGGUGCAAAUUCUAAUUUUCACAAAGCACCAAGCCUUUCUCCAUCUUCUUCUGAGAACAAAAUUAGUCCAGCUGUUCUUAUCAUUAUAGUCAUAUUAGCUGUUAUCUUUUUCAUAUCAGGUCUUCUCCACUUGCUUGUUAGAUUUAUUAUCAAACACCCUUCUUCUUCUUCUUCUUCACCAUCAUCAUCUCAGUCUAAUAGACAGCCAGAAGUUUCUAGCUCUGAGGCCUUGCAAAGACAAUUGCAGCAGCUUUUCCAUCAACAUGAGUCUGGUCUUGAUCAAGCUUUUAUUGAUGCAUUACCUGUCUUUGUGUACAAAGAAGUUGUUGUUGGUCCUACUAAAGAGCCCUUUGAUUGUGCUGUUUGUUUGUGUGAAUUCUCUGAAAAGGACAAGUUGAGAUUACUCCCAACUUGCAGCCAUGCUUUCCAUAUCAACUGCAUAGAUACAUGGCUCUUAACAAACUCAACAUGCCCCUUAUGUAGAGGAACCCUUUUCGAUCCCGGAUUCUUAACAGGUUUUGAUUUUGAUAGCCCCAUAGAAGAAGAUGGAUGUGCUGGUAAUAGAGAUCAUGUGUUGUCUGCUGCUCAGAAAACAAUUGAAAUUGAGGAAGUUGCAGUUGACAAAGCAACAUUUCCUGUGAGACUUGGUAAGUUUAAAAAAUUGAAUGUUGGUGCAGAGGAGGGAGAAGGAGAAGGAGAAGGAGAGAGUAGUAGUAGUAGUUUGGAUGCUAGGAGAUGCUAUUCAUUGGGUUCAUAUCAGUAUGUGGUGGGUGAUUUUAAUCUUAUGGUAGACUUGAGCAGUGAGCAAAACGCGUACAAUGUGAAGCUUGCCAAGUUGCGUGAACGUUGUGCUAAUUUAUCAAUAGAAGGUGAUGGGGAUGGGAAAAGGAUAGGCAUUGGAACGAAGACGGAUAGCUAUUCUUUUUCCAAGAUUUGGCUUUGGUCUAAGAAAGGGAAAUUUGCAAGUUCUUCAGAAUGUCAAUUGGAGGAUCCGCGUCCUAAUAUGGACUUACCAUGGUUGGCAAAAACAGAAGACAGUUAAAGGACAUUAUGGUUUGGUUUCUUUGUUGAUCUUUUUGUUAUCUGAUGGCAUAGAGGUACUGGAAUUCUUUGAUAUGCUACAUAUUAACAAUCUGAGAUUGAAGAAUCGAUACAUUCUUGUAUGCUGUGAUUGCUUGUAUUUGUAUUUUAUCUCUUGAAGUCCUACAACAUAGUCAUCUCUGAGCAGAGGGUCUAUCAGAAACAACCUCCCUAUCCUUACUAUGUAGAAGUAAGGUUUGCGUACACUCUACACCUCUUCAGACCUACAUGUUGGAUUAUAUUGAAUAUGUUGUUGUUGAAUCUUGAAAUGUUAAUUACUCUAUUAGACACGAGUCACUCGACACUGGCUUCUUUGCUGCAUCCUGAUACUUGCAGUUGCCAAAUUUAUUUUAUAUCAAUAUGGUUGAGAA